UGUUGGAUUUAUGUAUGUGUUAAAGUUACUAAAUCGCGAGUGCGUUUCCUUCAGCGACGACAGUUUUAUUUUGAAAUAAUGAAUCGUUUGCGCUCGGUGGCACUUGACUUUUUGAUACCAAAGAAUUGCAGCUGAUCCAAGGCCGCCUUGCGGGGACACCACAGCCGCCCUUUCAGCUCCAAAAGAAAAGAAAAACUUCCAUUGAGCGCGAUGACGACAACGGCGAAAAUGUUCCGUGUAGGGAACCGGAUCAGCAGCGUCCCCCCACCCCGCGGCGUCCGGACGGUGGUAGCCCGGCGUUGCUAGCUCCGACCUCAGCCCCGAGAAUCUCUUGCGUUUCCCCGUUCGACUUUCCGAGGAGCACCCGGGAGGGGGAGCCGACCGCCUCCUCGCGUCCGGGAUGCGAACGCCGUGACCGGGGUUGGGAAUCGAGGCCAGUCGGUAGCGGACAUCCCCUCCGGGGCUGCAUGGACGCGCGCCGGCCGCCGGCAGCAUCCUUGGCCGUGGCGCGGCCGCCUCCCCGGUCGGGAUGCUAGCGGCGAGGGAGUGUCUCUGACAUGAAGACGAGGCGAGCUGCGGGCUUGUGUCCUUCGGGUGCGACGCUGACAUUGUCCUCAUGAGACACCCGCGCGGACCUCGUCACGUACGCGGCCGGCCGUGCGGCGCCCCAGCCCGGCGGAUGACACUCAGCCAGGUACCGGCGGGCCCGGCGCUGGGCCGCCUUCCCCGGGUACGGCAGUAGGAAGCCAGCCAGAAGCCAGCGAGCGCAAUCGGAAAUGGUGUCCCACAAGGUUCUCGUGGCCGUCCUCUUGCUCAACGUGUACAUCGGCGUGCAGUCCGUCUUGUGCUUGUUCGGCGGCGUGCUGCUGUCGGCGGUGUUCGCCUUGGCCUUCCUGAGCGGACCGCGGCUGCUGGACUGGGCCAGCUCGCCCCCGCACCUGCAGUUCAACAAGUACGUCCUGACCGGCUAUCGGCCCGUCUCCUCGGUGCAGGACUGCAUCCGGAGCCUCUUCUACCUGCACAACGAGCUGGGAAACAUCUACACUCACGGCAUCCCUCUGCUGUGCUUCCUGGUGCUGCUGCCGCUCAACAUCCCCUGGUCCCAGAUCAGCGUGACAUGGCUGGCCGUGGUGCACUUCCUGGCUUGCCUGUCGCCGCAGCUGGGCUCGGUGCUCUACCACCUCUUCAUGAACCACGAGGGCGGCGAGCCCGUCUACCACACCCUCCUCAAGCUGGACGUGUGCGGCAUUUGCAUGAUCAACACACUGGGAGCGCUGCCAAUCCUGUACAGCACUUUGCUGUGUUACCCGCUGAUCCGCACGGUGGCGCUGUCCGUCUACAUCCUGUUGUCCAGCUACGGCAUCUACUGCGCGGUGACGGCGCGCAGCAGCGUGCGGCGCCUGCGCUCCUUCGCCUGGCAGGCUCUUUUCCGCUUCUCCUUCUUCGUGCUGCGCUGGGCCGGAGUGGGCGGCGGCAGCCCCACCUCGCUGCGCCACUUCCUCACCAUGGACGCGCUGGCCGUGCUGGGCGGCGUCAUCAACAUCGCCCGCAUCCCCGAGCGCUUCCGCCCGGGCCUCUUUGACUACUGGUGCAACAGCCACCAGAUCAUGCACGUGCUGGUGGUGGGCUCCAUCCUCUACCUGCACUGGGGCGUCCUGGACGACCUGCUGUGGAUCAACAGCUACAACUGUCCCUCGGACUGAGGCCGCCCCGUGUGCCCGUCCGUGAUUUUCUCCCCCCUUUUUCGUCCGAGUAGUAGAAGACGAUGUAUAGCAUAGGUGUGUGUGUGUGUGUGUGUGUGUGUGUGUGUGUGUGUGUGGGGGGGGGGGGGUAUUUGAGUCACGUGACUUGGCUCGAGUCAGACUUAAGUCGCCAAUUUCAGGACUUGAGACUUUCUUGGCUACAACUUAGGGAAGACUCGACUUGACAACGACUUGAAUUCAAAUCAACACGUUGAUUGUACGUCUGCGAUAUAGGAAGAACAUAACAGAAGAUGAAUUAAAUAGUUUUAUUCCCCCCCCCCCCCGCCCCCGCCCACACGCGUUCAACAUAUUUAAACUUAUGAAAACACACUUUUUAAAGUACAGUGAACGCCUGCAUAUUAGCCGUUCGGAAUGCGUGAAUUCGCCUAUUUUAUUUUUUAUUUUUAUAACCUAUCCUUUAUUAUUCACAAAAAAAACACACACAAAAAAAACAAAAAACAUUUUGCUGAUUUUGUGCUCAGGCCAAAGAAAGAUGUUUUGAUUUGCCACCAUCUUGGUGUUUAGGAACUGCGUUGAAGUGAGUUGAGGAGUCUCGUUUAGACAAAAGUAGGGCUGUGCUGCCAUCAUGCGGCAUCCUGGUGUCAAGGAAGUAUGUUGAAAUAAGUUGAGGAGUUUCAUCUUGAGAGAAAUAGGACUUUGCCACACCAUCUUGUGGCAUGUUGGUGUCAAGGAACUGUGUUGAAGUGGGUUGAGGGAUUUCAUUUACAGAAAAAGGGUUUCGGCGGCAUCUUGUGGCAUCUCGGGGUCAAGAGACUAUGUUAUGUAUCGUCACAGUAACUUGGGACUUGCUUUGUAACUUGAAGGUUAAGACUUGAGACUUGACUUACGCGACUUGCUCCCGCCUCUGCUGUAAAGUCACGCCGCUGAGGUUCCGUAGGAAGUUCGUCAGUGGAUGCGAAUGGCUGGCUGUUCGACGUCGGUGUAGCUACCGAUGCGUCCGUAUCAACGGCAUCGCGCGUCACCACGUACACAGUAGGGCUGCACGAUAUUGGGGGGGGGGGGUAAAUAAAAAUAAAUGACAUCACGAUUUAUUUUUGAACCCGCGAUAUAUAUUGCGAUGUGAAAUAAUACAGGUGUUGGGAAAGUUCGUUUUUCCACGCGAACUGCUUCAAAGUUCAGUUCUAAAAAUGAACGAGUUUAGUUCAUCGUUCAAAAUUUCAAACUCAGUUCACCGGUCCACAAAUGAACGAGUUCAUCGUUCUUUUUUUGUUCUCUCCAUAUUUUUAUGUUGCUGACAGACGACUACAAAAUAGUGGCAUUUCAUUUCCCCAUUGUUGCCAGCCGGUCAGUCCUCACAAGUAGCCAUCUGCAGCUUUCACCCAGCCUACAAUUGAAACACUCGAAAACGUGUUGAUUGAAUAGUGGUUUUUUUUUUUUUUUUUUUUAAUUAUUUUACAUUUUUUUUAAACUGAGGAAUUCAAACAAAAAACAGGACUGCCGUCCUUAAUGUGCAUACAAAGACACGCAACACAUGUAUGACAGCAACAACGGUGAAAGGACAUUGAUAACUUUGCCUUCCAACCAGCUGUGGCUGACUAUAUGAAUUAUGAAGAAAAUAUUUGAUCUUACCUACGCUUAUAUUACAAGACAAACUAAAUUCCAUAUUAUCACAUUGUGAUCAUAGAGUGCUUUAACUAAAGCAUGCUGAGACAAAUAAUAAUUUUCCGAGUAAUUCAUUUCUUUCCAUUUAUGUGUUGGAUGACAAAAGAAUCAAGGGAAAUAGUCACUCCCAUUUACGCAGUGUCCCUGAACGCACCUCGCGCGCCAAAUCCCACAGUAGUUUCAUUGCGAAGAGCAAAAUGGGACAUGCAGCAGGUGUACAUUUUUUUUUUUUUUUUGUCGUGUCCUCUUUCAUAAUUAUCAUACAAGGAGAUAAGUACGCAGCACUCUGGGCAACUCCGUGUGUUGUUUGAAGCGUUAUAAUUUACUGUAAUAUGGGCGCUAAUUUUAUUAGCAUGUCCAAACGGGUCCCUCUGCUGGUCACUUUUAAUACGACAGUUGAUUCUCUCUAUUUUCGAGCCCCUGCGAUGGGAUUAUUGCGCAGCUGUGCAUCGCGACGAUGACGCUCGCGCAAAAUAUCGUGCAGCCCUGAUACACAGUAUGUUUUUUUAAAGUUAGUUCGAAGAAUUAGGUUGAUUAUGCGCAUUUACAAUAGAACAGGACCUUGCACUCGAAAUGGGACAAAAAAAAAAUAUGCCAUUUGGCCUCUUCCCCAUUCAGUGGCACCACUACAGCGGAACCCCCUAAAGUCAAAUGCAUGCUGCAGCUUUCCUGUGUGGAGUUUCAGUGAAGCUCUGUUAAAUUCUUCAAAACAAGAAAACUGAAGAAAACGUCACAGAUGCGAUUGGAAGUGUUAGUUCAAGCAACCCUUGUGAAAACAGCAGUAAAAGGCUUUCACACUUUUCUGUAUCUUUUUAAAGACGUUUUUGUUAUGUCAUAGAAGCGACAUUUUUUUGUGGAAUGGUAAACAGCAGAAAAGUACUUUUCUGUAUGAAGCUUCUUUUUUUUUUUAAACAUCUUUGACUGUCGUACGUGUAAAAAAGUAAGUUAACCGCUGUUACAUAGUUGAAAUCAAGAAAAACAGUCUCACAGUUGGGGUUGUUUCACAUCCACCUUACUCAACUCGUUUUUGUUUUGGACGUUUUUACACGCGUCAAAACAAAACUAACUGUCGUAAAAUGUCACAACCCAGCUGGGGCUGCCGCUUUAAAAAUGAGAUUCGCCGCCGAGCCAAAGAAAAAGCCAAAAGGACGACUUAAAAGGUUCUGCUGUAGUUGUGCUUUUGUCCCGAAAUAAAUCCACAAGCUACAUUGUGGAUUUACUAAUUGAAUGAAAAAGUACACAUUUUUGUCAUUGUUUAUUGAUGCUUUUUUGUUGUUGUUUUUCUCUCCACUCCCCUGCGCUUUUAUUUCAGGCCGUACGUACGACGUUAACGUUGGAUUUGUCCCCAUCGCAUGAGAGUCGCUCGCGGAGUCGCUCGCGAGUUAGCUUGUGUUUCGCCUCGCGUUCAUUUCUUUGCUCUCAAAAGGGCUCUUGAGUCUAUCGAAGUCAUGUAAAUAUCUCAAAGUAUGUAAGAUCAUGUAGGCAUACAUAGAAGGCAGUAUCACUUUUAGAGAGAAAACGGACACUAGCGCGGGUAAAUCUAUGCAUAAGUCAAAACCAGGGAACAUGGACGCUCGCUCCGUGUUCGCUCCCAGCUCUCAGGGUGCCGUAACAGUAGCUGGAAGGCCAAGCCGAGGCUUCCGUCCGGUUGAUUAUUUGACGCUCUUGCCGUAUAUUUUGGCAUGCAGUGGCACCGCACGGGGAGCGGAGCCAGUCCGCAACACGGCCUCAGGAUGGCACCGCAAACCAAUAGAGUUGCGCUUUUUCAAAAAUAGAAUCGGAAUAUAUCACAGGUGCCGGAUAGCCUAUGAGUUUCCAAAGGGAAUCGCGCUUCUCGUACCCAGAGUGAGGACACGGGGGACUGCUGCACCAUGAAGGAGCUCAAGGUGGUGCUGUUUUGUGGGCCGAGUGAAGCGUCGCGCCAAUCAACUGUCUGUGCUCCAGUAUCGAUUGUGCAAUAAA